AUGGUUCCACAGCCACAGUGCCAGGUUUGUUUGGAUGUGCUUGCUCUAAAUGAAUGUUCAGCUACACGCUGUGGCCACACAUUCCAUCUGCGUUGUAUCGUACGAUGGUUUAAGAAUUCUAGAGUAUGUCCAGUUUGUCGAAAGGAAGUCACACCAACUGAUCUCAUCCCACAGCUCUUUUUCCAAGUGGAAGAUGAUCAAAAUUCCAGUUCCGAUGACUCUCAUUUAUUACAAAUACAUUUUGAAAUCCAGAAAGUUUUGGAUAACCUCGAGAAGGAGAAGCGGGAUGCUGCUACAGCCAAGAAUAAAGCUAAUUUUUAUUUGGCUGCAAAUCUUUUGUUGAAAGAAAGAAUCUCGGAUUUGGAAUCAGCUUUUCACGAUGAUAUGCAAAAAAUCAGACAUCUGGAAAAUAUAGUUAUAAAACAGCAGAAAAUCAAUAACGAGCUACAAAAACGAUUGAAAAUAAAUACAUUAUGCGGAGCUUGCAAAUACAGUCACGAUCAAAAUGCCUGUGACUUUCCGCAGUUUUGGACUUGUCCACAUGGUUGUGCUGUUUCACAGCAGAUGAAACAGGCCACGGAAACAGCUGAAAAGCAAGAAGAAAAAUCUCAAAAAAUAUUGAAGACAAUUAAUGAACUAACGAAAAAUUUCAGUGAACAUCUAAGCCUCAGUGCACGAUUGAGAGAAAAUCUUGCUUUUCCUUCAGAGACAGUUAUGGAUGCAACGCUCGACGAAGUUAUUGUUUUUGGAGUAAUUUAA